AUGGUGAACGACUUGAAUAUUUCUGACGAUACGGUGAAAUUUGUUGACGACACCACUAUCUGGGAGAUUGUCUUCAAGUGUCAAGAAUCCAACUCGGCCCUACCGUCUCAAAUUACAGAAUCUACUAAAUGGGCUUCUGAGAAUAACAUGAAAUUGACACCUACAAAAACAAAAGAAGUUCGUGUUGGGUUUUCUCCUCGUGAUCCCGGGGCUCUUCCGCCGAUCACCAUUGACGGUCAUGAUAUAGUUGUGGCCCCGCAUGCAAAAUUAUUUGGUGACAUGAUCUCUAAAGAUCUUAAAUGGAUCGAGCACGUUGAUUAUAUCUCCAAGAAAGUUUCGAAGCGGUUGUAUGCCUUAGGAUUACUUAAGAGUCCCUCUAUACCAGCGGGCAAGUUAGUUCGGGUUUAUACCACCUGCGUUCGACCAAACUUAGAAUUUUCUUACGAGGUAUGGCACUAUAGGUUGGCGCAAUACUUGAGCAGCGAGAUCGAGAGUAUUCAACGCAGACCCCUUCGUAUAAUCUUUCCUGAUCUCAAAUAUGAAGAUGCGUUAAUUGGUACGUGCUGGUGUGGUGUCACUGUUCCUGCGGAGAAAGACCAUUUGCGAGAAACUUUUCGAUCAAAUGUGUGAUGAAACAUCCCAUAAACUCCAUUCUCUGGUUCCCCCAAGACAUAAAACAGGAUAUACAGUCUUUCAAUACCAAAGCAUAGGACAAGUAGGUUUGCUAAUAUAUAUAGUUUUAUUAUGGCCGGUAGUAAGGCCUACAACUCUAGUUUUAAAUAAUAGUUUAGCUACAUUCUUACCUAGAACUAUCAAAAUUAACAACUUGUAAAUAAGGAGUGUUUGUAGACAUUUUUACUUAUAUGCAUGUAAACCGGUGUAAUUCAGUUUUUAACUGCAAAAUUGGUAUCUUUUAAUAAAUUGAAAUUGAAAUAAUUCAAAUUCCCAGCAAGUUCGACGACUUCGACCUAACAUUCUUCACCCUCAAAACCUAUGUAGGCCCACGUUUUCUCUAAAUAUGGAUGACGUUUCAAGACUUGGUGUGAAUUGUUUCUGAAUAUACAAAUAUUGGAGGAGUAGUAUUUCCAUACAUCUUGCUUGACUGCAGCUUUCUGAUUGUAAAGAUUUUUGCGCUUUUUUAUGUAGUGUAACAAAGCACUACAUUACUGGAAUAUUGGGAAAUCGAAAUUUUUAAGAUAUAUAUUCACUAAUUCAGACUGACUUCACUAUUUUUUCACACUAUAAAAUCAUACUCAGUUUCGCGUUCCUGUUUUUAAAGAUUCUGGCUUUUCGCGUUCCUGUUUUUAAAGAUUCCGGCUUUUCGCGUUCCUGUUUUUAAAGAUUCCGUCUUUUCGCGUUCCUGCUUUUAAAGAUUCCGGCUUUUCGCGUUCCUGUUUUUAAAGAUUCCGGCUUUUCGUGUCCCUGUUUUUAAAGAUUUCGUCUUUUCGCGUUCCUGUUUUUAAAGAUCCCGGCUUUUCGCGUUCCUGUUUUUAAAUAUUCCGGCUUUUCGCGUUCUUGUUUUUAAAGAUUCCGGCUUUUUGCGUUCCUGUUUUUAAAGAUGCCGGCCUUUCACGUUCUUGUUUUUAAAGAUUCCGGCUUUUCGUGUUUCUGUUUUUCCCGUUCCGUUCCCAGAUUCCCCGUUCCUGCUUUUAAAGAUAGCCCUAAAACAUUUGCCUCAAAAGACUACCAAAAUCUACCAAGGAUUAAUUUCAAAUUUAUUUUCAUUAAAUGAAUUCAAAUUAAUUUAGUACGCCUUUCAAUAGGCAUUAAAACCUCGAGAACUUCACGUCAAUAUUAUAUUAGGAGUAUGUUAACUUACCUUUAAUGAUUCAAAUGAUACAGGUUCAACUGAUUAAUUUGUAUGGGAAACGUAAAUGCCACCGGUAUAUAUAACCGGUUUUGGGUUCUUUAACGUUCGGUAUAAAAUAUCAUUUAUAGGCCGUUCGCUCGGAGACUUGAGCGAAGUAUUAACACAAUUGAGUAAUAUUCAGCCGAAUCCCACUCGUUUCGGGUCUAUAUUAACAAUUAGACAACGAAGCCGAGUUGUCUAUGAGCGAAUAGAACGAAGGCGUACCUUGAGUUCACUAUUCGUCAUAGACAACGAAGCCGAGUUGUCAACCCAAAAUACAAACUACAGCCACAAUUUGAAAGAUUUAAAAUGAUUUAUUUCAACAUUCGCAUGACGCUUCGCUUACGGCUUUUUUAUUUGCUUUUCGCGAACAACCCGGCGAAACGUUUUGAAAAUAUAUUACAAUACGCCCAAAAAAUAAGCGAAGUUCUGAUAAUUAAUUAAUUAUAAGACGAAACAGGACUUGCUGCUGUAGUUUACGUUAAAUCCGCGCGUGGCUCGGGAAAAGAGAAUGUUAUGACAAAACCCCUCACCAAUGUCGUACACUAGAUUAUGUAUAUAAUCACUAAAGGAUAAUGAUAUCGGUGGUCCGGGACAUUCAAUUAAAACAUGACUAUACCUAUUUUGAUCUAUUUUUAUUUACCAUAUAUCAUGUUUAGAAUGGGAGGAACAUUAUUUUAAUAGAGUGUGGCCCAAAUGGAAGGAUGGAAUGCAUAAUGACAUGAAGGAAAAGAUCAAGAAUAUUGGUAAGUAUGCAGUCGUAGUCAGAUAGAGAAAAUAACGAAAUCAGAUUAGCCCCGGCGGCUCGUCCAAUUUUGGCAACAUUUCCAAACAUCACUCAUACUAUUUUAUCCCUAAUUGUACGAUUACCUAGCAUGAUUACCUAGACUUAUUUGAACACAUCAUUGACAAUAUCGCAUGAUUACCUAGACUUAUUUGAACACAAACUUGGAAAAUCGUAGUUUCUAAUUAUCCGAGCUGUGCAGCCAUUUUGUUUAUUUAUGUAGAUCACAAAUCAGGCAAUCUUGUUUGUUGUUCACGCUAGCUACAUCACAAAUUAGGUUAUUUACAAGUUAUUAAUCCCUUCAAUGUGGCUCGACAUAGUUUUAAAAAUAUGGAAAUUUUACGAUUUAGAUCCGUAUUUUUUGAUUAAUUAAAAUCACUUCACUACGUUUGAAAUGGCGCGGUUGAUGUAACCGUAGAAUAAAAUUCCAAAUGACGCGGGCCAUCAGAUCACCACACUUUGGUAUAUAAAAGGGCCUGUGAAUUGAACAAGUCACAUAUUAUAGCACUGAUAAAGAUCUGGGCUUACGAAUCGAAAGCUUUGCAGUAAUAAAUUUACGUGGUAUAUAUUUAUCAUUUAUAGACCCGGGGCGAGGGGGAUUCGGCGUAAUAUUUCCCGAAGUGAUGAUAUUUUCCGAGGGGCUUUGCCCCGAGGAAAAUAUUAUCAAUGAGGGAAAUACCGCCGAAUCCCCCGAGCGGAGGGUCUAUAAAUGAUAUAUUUUACCAAAAGUUAAAGAACUCGCUAAGUUCAGAAUAAACUUUAAAACUUGCUGAAUAUUAGCCUAUAGACUACGCGAAUACGAUUUUUAAUUUCUUAUGUAUACCUGAGUUUUUGACGUUUCCUCUUUAAUUUAAAAUAUUUGAUUCUGUACGAAAAUACGAAAUUACAAACAACAGCUCGCGAACGCCAUAAUAUUGUUUCAGAGCGUGAUUGUCCACGCGUCACGCGUGAGCGUGGGAUACUAUAAUAUCCCACGGUGGAUCUGCCGUGGGAUAUUAUAGUAUCCCACGCUGGAUUGCGAAAUCAUGAAUUUGAGUGAAAUACCGUAAAAUAAUCACAUUAUCACGUGGUACAAAUGCUGUUUUUCAUUGGACAAUUUGAAUUUGAGGUAUAAUAUAAUAUAAUAUUAUAUUUUCCGAACAUAUACUGUAAAGUGUUUGAAAAAAAACCCGGUUGUUGUGGAACAGGAUAAUUUUAUUAAGAAUAUUUUCAAAAUUGAAAAUCCUCUAAAAAUAUCACUUUUAAUUACAAAAUUAUCAUGUACAAUUUUCCAAAAUAUAAUAUAAAAUAUAAGCUUCAAUUUAUUGUAAAAUUCAACCAUGCACGAACGUUUCGGAAAACGUUUUAAAAUGUUCUUAAAAAUAAAUUUCCUUUUAUCGAUAAACUUUGAGUCCGAUAUACAAUAAUUUCAAAUACUCGCAUGAAACUAACUUUGCUUUCCUCUUGAUUUAAAGAAUUUAAUGUAAUGAAAAAGUGUAAUUAUACGCAAGGAUCAGUUUUCAAAGCAAUUAUAAAGCAACCAUACAUAAAUAUUUAAAACAAUCUAUUGCCCCAACCUUUUUUAUGAACAGUUUGGCUGCACGUCUCAUUAACGAUUUUCGGGUUUCUGAAUAAGGUUUUUCAGUCUCUUGUAGCAAACAUCGGCGUCCAUAUUUCCCUUCUUUUAGCAAGUCUCUUUUACCGUCUUCGUUUGGUUUUUCUUUAAUAUUUUAUUUGUUUCAUUUAAAGGUAGGGUACAGUCCAUAUGUAAACAAAGCCUUUGUUUACAUUUCGGUAUUGAAAAUAUUGAACAACUAUUUAAUAUUCGACAACUAUUUAAUAUAUUUUCAUUUUUCUGCAGUAUAACAAAUUAUCAAGAUACAACAAUCAGGCUUUGCAAGAACAGAAAAUGAAAUAAAAACCUAAUUAAUGUAUUUAUAACACGGUAGGAGACUCCUGUGUGCGCAUGCGCAGAUCGGACUGUACCCUAUCUUUAAUGUUUUCUUAAAUGUUCUCAAAAGAACUUGUAUAAAAAUCUUUCGUCUUUUUUCCCCGUCUUCUCCUUUUUCCUGGUCUUCGUUUGGUUCCACAAUGUUUCUUUAAUACUUCAUUUGCUUAAUUAUUUUUUAAAGUUUUCUCAAAAGAACCCGUAUAAAAAUCAGUUUAACCACGGGCUUUAGGACAAAUUCAUUUUGACAACAAUAGUAUUCUAUCUAAAUAGCAGUUAAAAUAAAGUGUACGGCACCUGAACUGUUCAAAAUCUUGCUUAUGUAUCCAUAAAACAUUUGCAUAUGCAAACACUGUAUAUUUUCAAAAUCCGCCAUAUUUAUUUACAUUAGAACCCAAGCUUUCGCGGUUCACAUGAAAUAUUACGUCGGUGAUUUUCACUAAUAACAAGAGGGUAGGAUCAUCCAAUUUUUAAUCGUUCGAAGCGCGAGGAAACCAUGCUUCCAUAUAUGGCACAAACGUGUCCUCAACUUCUUUAUUUGGCACAAACGUGUCCCCAAAAUAUUUUAUCGAAGUCGUUAUGAUGUCAUAAGAUUUCUCCCGUUCGGAACGAUUUGAACAGGCCACGUGGUACAGAACCCAGACAGCUGAUAGGGUUAGCGAGUGACAACUCCCAAUUUGAUCCUACCCUCUUCUUAUACUUAUUAGUAGUGACAAUCACCGACGUAAUGUUUCGUGUGAACCGCGUAAAUAUAUAAAUGUAUUAUGGAUAUAGAAGAAAGAUAUUGAACAGUUCAGGUGCCGUACACUUUAUUUUAACUGCUAUUUAGAUAGAAUACUAUUGUUGUCAAAAUGAAUUUGUCCUAAAGCCCGUGGUUUAACAAAUCAGAUACUUUCAAAUAGUGUCUGUUUAUAUUAUGAUGUUGCAAUGCAGUCAUCAUCAAGCGAAAUUUAAUCUUGACCAAUCUUUUCCAUGACAAUCCCCCAUUUUCUUGAGAUCAGUGCGAGCCGGGAGGUCCACCCUUGGAUCAUAGCCAGACGCUGGCGAUGUUUCAUCAACUUCACACUUCGGUAAUGCUUUCCAUUUCCCGGGUGUAAAUAGCCGAGCGGAAUUAGUACCCACUCACCGGGCUUACGCACGGAACGGCGCUUUGCGCCAUUGGGUCCGCUGCAGAAGCCAAAUUCAUGAAAACAAAAGGUUCGUGAAGUAUAGAUGGUGCGUGAAGUAUACAAAUUUCCGAAUACUUAGUUACUACAAGCGUAUCUACAACUACUAUGCAUUAGGCUGCAGUAUUUACAAGUUAAAUUAAACCCUUUAAAGUGGCUCGAUAUAGUUUUUAAAACGAGAAAAUUGACGAUUUAGACCUGUAUUUAUGAAAAACAAAAAGUGUAUUGAAUUUAAAAGUUUUUCAAUUAUUGUGACAAUGCCUCGACGAAAACUUCCAUUGCGUAUAGUAAAAGAAACCACUUUAUGGAAUAACAUUUGGGAUCAUCGAUAUCGUAAAAAAUCAUCAUAAAAAUUUUCGGCCAUCUUGAAUGUCCUUGUUGCCAUAGCAACAGCAGUUGCGUAACGUUUGAAAAAAUUUGAACCCUUUAGAUCUUGUUUUAUGUCAAUAAAAUAUUUUUUGUUUUUCAACAAGUAACAACUGUCCAAAAAUAUGGAUCUAAAUUGUGAGUUUUCCAUUUUUUGAAAACUGUAUUGAGCCACCUUAAAAUGAAAUUGAAGAAGCUAAGUUCAAGAACAAAAAGUACGUGAAUUAUACACGUAACCAUCUACCAGUCAAUGCAGUAUUUUCAAAUGUAUCCGGUUUCAGUAAACGGCAGUUCGGUUUGGGUUGCAAUUUUUGCGUUAGAUAGAAGAUCUAUAUAGAUUCUAAAUCAUUUCAUGCGCGCUGUUUGCGGGUGAGGUCCCAGCGGUUAAGAGCACUGUUAGAGAUAGGAUUAGCAAUAACUAACAUUAACCGUCUUCGAGAUAUGAAUCUAUAACUAGAGCAGGACCUGUAUGACAUUAUUGUUAUUUAUAAUUUAACCUAUGUAAACUAUAUUUAGGUGCUUAUUACAAUCAAACAACCAACAUUGUCACUGACCAAUUGAAAAGGUUGUUAGGAAACACAACUACCAUUGAUGAAGAAAUCAAGGUGUGGGAAAAGUGGAUUAACAUAUGGAGUCAGUUUACAUUGGAAAGUUUUCUUGAAAGCAAUAUUGAUGCAAUCAAAGCAAAGGUUCCUGAAGACAGUCGACAAGAUUUAGAUAUGGCGACCCUUGCUAAACUGUUGCCUUGGUCCAAUGAUGCAGUGCGAGGUUAUGCUGUAUUUACCUAUAUUCCAUUCCUUCACAAUUCUCUUACGAAGCUAAAAGUAUCUUCGUGUUCAGCUAGGACACUGGUGGUCGGCUGA